AGCAGACUCACACAUCCACGGACAAAGAGGAGCUCUGAUCACCGACCUCACCUCAGCACAGCGCCGGGAUCACUGGACCAUCACACAGGCCGGCAGCGAGACACAGAGAUCAGAAAUGGGAGGAAGCAGUUCCAGCCAACAGGCAGAUCAGUCUGAGACCCCCACAUACUUCACACAGGAAGAGCUCAGCAAACUGAAGUCCGAGUUCGAAACGGGUGGUGUUGAAAAGAUUAAACCUCUGCUGGAGAAGAAGGUGAAAGAACUGGACAACACCGAGCUGAACAUCGCCGUGACGGGAGACUCGGGUGCAGGAAAAUCCACCUUCAUCAACGCCAUGAGAGGCCUUCGUAAACAAGAUGAGGGAGCGGCUGCGGUUGGGACCACGGAAACUACAAUGGAGCCAACCGGAUACCCACAUCCCAAUCUGCCCAAUGUCCGCUACUGGGACCUGCCGGGGAUCGGAUCUACACGAUUCACCGCGGGUUCUUACCUGAAGAAAAUGCAAUUAAAAAAAUACGAUUUCUUCAUCAUAGUGGCAGUUAAUCGAUUCACAGAGAAUGAUGCAAAACUUGCCAAGGAGAUUAAGCGGCUGGGGAAGGAGUUCUAUUUUGUCCGCUCUAAGAUUGACGCUGACCUUGAUUCAAUGCGGCAGCAACAGACGACAUUUGAUGAAGAUGCAGAAAUGGAAAAGAUCCGGAGCGACUGCGUCAGUCAGUUGGGAAAGGCCGGGAUCCCCGAUCCCACCGUGUUCCUGAUAUCCAGUUUUAAGAAGAAUAUGUAUGAUUUCCCUCAUUUAAUUAAAUCACUUGGAGCUGGUUUACCAAAUGUAAAGGAAUCUGUCUUUGUCCUGGCCCUUCCCAACCUCAGUGUGGAGAUUAUUCGGAAGAAAGGUGAGGUGUUGAAGAAACGUAUCUGGAUGUGGGCGAUCAUAUCGGGAGGAGUGGGAGCGAUCCCGGUCCCGGGUCUCUCUGCCGCCUGUGACAUGGGGAUAUUGAUUGCAGCGGUAAUUGAUUUCCGUAAAUGCCUGUGUCUGAAUGAUGCUGCUCUCCGCAGAUUGGCCGAGAAAACAAGCAAGUCCGUUGAAGAGUUGAAAGCCGCAGCACAAUCAAGCCUACUGGAAGAAAUAACUGCACAAGUAAUAGUAAGGCUGCGUUUGGGGGCUGUCGCCGUUACUGUUUCAGCCAUCGAAGCCGCUCUUUACGUUGCCCCAGGCGUUGGUUCCGUUUUUGGAGCCGGGUCAUCAUUUCUGAUGACCUACAUGAUACUGAAUGAUGCGCUGAAGCUUCUGAUGGAGACCGCGGAGAAGGUGCUCGCUGUUGCCAAAGGCGCCCAUUAA